AAUUACACAACAAUGAAUGAAUGUGAUACUUCUGCAAACACAUCAAAAUGUAACACCAAUGGCAUAGAUAUCCAAUGUUACCUAAUACUGGACAGUCAUGCCAAGAAGAUUUUUGUUGCAGUGCUGUGCAUCGCAGUGGGAACAUUUUGCAUCCUGCUGAAUUCUAUAGUCCUCUCUAUGAUAUGGACAUCCGCUCGACUGAGGAAGAAACCAUCCUACAUGUUUAUUAGCAGUUUGGCCUUGGCUGACCUGCUGGCCAGUAUUGUAUUCUCGUAUAGCUUUAUUGACUUCCAUGUUUUCCACAGUGCAGGGACGCUUGUUACCUUCUUGAUCAAGCUUGGCGGGGUCACCACAUCAUUCACAGCUUCACUUGGUAGCUUGCUUUUAACUGCUUUUGACAGGUAUAUUUGUAUUAACAAAUCAUCCACAUAUAAAUCUGUAGUGACUGGGAAGAGAGCUCUGUUAGCAUUAGUCUUUAUGUGGACCAGCACCAUAUUUAUUUCAUUCCUGCCUCUUAUGGGUGUCAAUUGUUGCCAACUCCAGUCGAUUUGCUCUGAAUUGUUUCCCUUGGUUGACAACAGAUACUUGUCGAGUUGGAUUGUACUGGUAAUCGUCCUGCUAUGUUUCAUCAUCUUUUCCUAUGCACUGAUCUUGUGGAAGGUUCACCAACAUUCAGUGUGUAUGGAAAGCUAUAACAAGUCAACAGAUCGUGGAAAUAUUAGAUUAAGGAUCGACAUCAGUCUUGCCAAAACUUUGGUUUUGGUGCUAGCAGUGCUUGUCAUAUGCUGGUCUCCUGCUAUCAUACUGAUGGUGCACAGUCUAAAGAACCCGCUGCCUAAAAGUACACGGACUGUUUUUGCAUUUUGUAGCACUCUUUGUUUGAUCAACUCAAUGAUUAACCCCAUGAUUUAUGCAUGGAGAAGCAGAGACUUACACUCUAAAGUAUUCAGAAAUCUGAGAAAGUGCAAAUGUCUUCUAAGAUUUAUAGGAAGGCAACCAGAAUCUGAAGAAGCACAAAAAAAUUCUGGUUUUGAAACAGCAUGUGAAGAAACCGAAUGUGAUGCUUAAACUGCUGUAUAGCGAGGACACAUUCGUUUGAACUAGAUCGCCACAGGAGGACUAACAUAAUGAAUUAGAUGGCCACAAAGGAUUUAUAUAUUGAACCUGAUGGUGACAAUUAGAACUUUUAUUCUCACAGAACCAUGCCAGCCUUAAGGCUGAAAAUGUACCAUGGCAAUUGUACUU